CAUUUAAUCCUAUAACAAGGCAUUAGUACCAAGUGCUGGACAUCCAGUCCCUCUCCUAGAACAGUCUGCCGCAGCCACCGGACAUACACAAUGAGGCCUCUGCUUCUACUCAGCCUCAUCCUCACGCUACCCCUGGGCAUUUUAUCAUGUUCCUUCUGUAAAGGCAAAGCCCUGCGAUGUUACAGCUGCGUGGCUUCCAGCGAGGAGGAAUGUUACAAGCAGGGCUCUCAUCUCUGCCCACAGUAUGCUGAAGUCUGCUCCACCAUCACUGCCCCAAACAGCGUCAUUAAGUCUUGCUCCUACAAAUCAUUCUGUGAUCACGCUCGGCAAAGCGGGAAUGGGGCCAGCGUUGAAUGCUGCUUCUCUGAUGACUGCAAUGGCCCAUCCAAAGGAAACAGUGCAGGUUUAAAGAACUCUGCUAGCUGCACCACGCUUCCUCCUCUCUUCCUUACUGCAGCCCUACUCAUCCUCAGGCCACUGUGAGACACAGAGAAAAACUCUACAAUAGGCUUUCUUUGUACAUAUAACUGGCAAUUCACGUGCAGCAGUGUAAUCUGAGAAUAGUUGCUCAGAUAAAGAUCCAAAUCGACUAAUAUGCUUAUUACUACUAUAUGUAUUCCUCUCAGGUAAUGCACAUAUUGACCACAUAAUAAUGCUUUGUAUGUUUCUCUAAAACCAUAAUGAGCAGACUGCUUUGUAUAAUGAUGUUGAGUAUCUCUAUAAACCGAUAAUGACCAGGCUGCUCUGUAUAAUGAUGCAGAGUAUCUCUAUACACUGAUUAUGAUCAGUCUGCUCUGUAUAAUCAUGCAGAGUAUCUCUAUACAAUGAUAAUGACCAGGCUGCUCUGUAUAAUGAUAAUGAGUAUCUCUAUACACAGAUAAGAACCGGGCUGCUUUGUAUAAUGAUGUUGAGUAUCUCUAUACACUGAUAAUGAUCAGGUUGCUCUGUAUAAUUAUGCUAAGUAUUUCUAUAUUUUUAUAGUGAAUAUACUGAGCUGCAUAGAGUAUCUCUAUACACUGAACAGCUUAAUGGAAAGAGAGAAAGAGUUUUAUACUUUACUGCAUCCUAAAAUAUCAUGGCAUAGGUUUAAUGUAAAAAAUAUUUUCUAUUUUGUAGAAAACGAGGCAGCAUGUUUCAAUGCAAUACGUUUUUGCCCUAUUGUGGGUACCUUGUAUGUCAUCAUGGGGCUCCUUGUAUGUUUUUCUUCUGCCCUCGCACUGGGCAUUCGUCAUUUUAUUGCUACUGAGUAAAGCUAAUAGCAUGAGAAAUAAUCUUUUUUCCAGUCUCUGAAGUUCAUGAAUGAAUUAUAUGUACCCAGGCACAGUUUAACCACGAAAGAAAUCUAGAUGUUGGACUGGAAGUGCAACCAUGGAAGAAAAUAAAAUGGACAUGUUAUGA